AUGAAAACAAAAACUACAAAAUUAGUUCUCGACGAAAGAAAUAUAGUUGAGAACACCAGAAAAACUCAGUACCUGGGUAGAGAUAGAGCACCGGGUGCACCCAAUGAUCCCUAUUACUAUGAUCAAUCAAAGGGUUUGGGAUAUGAGGAGACUCAUAGAAUGUCCAAGCAUGUAGAUCGUACCACCAUCGAUCCAAAGAAGGGUGGUAAGGACUACUACUCACGUGAUGAAUAUCUCAGAGAUUACAAUCGUGAUUUGAAUGGUCGUCCCUAUGUUGGUCCAAUGGAUCGUGUUUCCACCACUAUCAAAGACCCAAAGGCCAGAAAGAACCAAAAGAUUGAAGAGCGAAGAUACAUGGAGGAAGCCGCUGCCACGAAUGUCAAUCCACUCAGCCAGGUCGCUGCUCACGAGUUGGAGGCACCAUUGUUGGGUCCAGACGGUUUGCCAUUGAAUGCUCUCUCUGUCAACGCUCCACUCAACGUACAAUUGAAGCGUCACUACAAUUCGAUUGAACGUUUGAUGGAGACCAGAAUCUUCCGUGAGAAGACUGACGAGCGUACAAAGAAGAUCGUCUAUGACAUUCGUAAUUUGGUUGCCGAUCUCAUCUUGAUGGUCGAAAGUCGUGGUACCGACAGACAGUUGAUGAGUAUCUUUGAAGAUAUGAUGCUCUUCCGUACCGAUAUGGUCAAUGACUCUGAGUUUAAGACUCUUAUUUCCAACUGGCAAUCUACCAUCACCAAGUUGGCUACCGGUGACCAAUCCAAGGGUCUUUUGAAUGUAGGUAAGAAGCUUUUCGGAGACAUCCGUCACUCUGACUCCAUCUUGAAGUUGCUCUCUGAAGGUGCCAAGUUCCUCCAAAUGAUUAUCUUGGACCGUACCAAUCCACUCAUCCCAGAACAAAGAGAGCUUGUAUUUGACCUUUUCUUCAAGGCAUUCGGUAUUCUCUCUGCCAAUCCAGCAUGGCAACAGUUUGUCUCUCAGAGUAGAACCUUCACUACUGAUAUCUAUGAUACUCAAAAGUACGAGCUAAAGACUGCCGGUCCCAAGCUCGAGUCGAUUGCCAACAAUCCCAACUUGAGCAGUGCUGGUAAUAGCUUUAAGGAGCUCCUUCAAUCGUUGAUUCGUGACCGUUCCGUUGCUGACAUUGACAAGUUUAUCCAGUACGGAAGAGAAUCGAUCGUCGAAAUCCAAAAGAAUCCACAGUAUGAGAAUUUCUUUGGUGAUCUCAGACAAAUCAUGUUGGAGAUCAUGGAGAAUCCAUCUCUCAUGGACGAUCCAGCCACCAGAAAGGUACUCAGAGACAUGUACAACCGUGGUGAGACUAUCUUGACAGAGACUCGUAACAACCCAUCCCUUCAAAAGUUUGUCUCUGAGGGUGGUCGUAUCAAGGAAGGUAUUGCAACCGACGAACUCAAUGCUCGUUUCUAUGAACAUCUCAAACAAUUCUACAGCAACUUUACUACUGGUCCAGGUAAGGCACCGAUUGACCUCAAGUUGCUCAAUCAACUCAAGAUGCUCUUUGUACCAUUCUUGCUUGAGGAGUUCAGAACCAUCACCGUUCCCGGACAAAGUGGUAUGACACCAGACAAGAAGAUCGGUUUCCGUAUUGGUUCAAUCAAUAUGUCAUCGAUUGAAAUGCUUCCAGAGAACAUUCAUUUUGAAAUUUCACACAAGCUCAAUGCUGAUCCAUAUACCCUCUCCAUCAUUGACCCAGACACUGUCGUUUGGGUAGAGUUGACUUCCAUUCGUUGUCGUAUCGAUAGAUUGCCAUGGGCAUUCGAGAAAUACACAUUCCCCAAGCUCAAGGAUGCCGGUCACUGUGAUAUUCGUAUGGACGGACGUGGUUGUAGAGUUGGUGUUGAGCUCAGAUUGCUCUCCAGCGGACACCAGAGAUUCACCCAAAUCUUGGAUUCCUAUUGUUCCAUUGACAAGCUCAAUGUUCGUCUCUAUGAUUGUAAGCACAGAAUCAUCUACAAGUUGUUCAAUGGUAUCGCCCAAACUCAAAUCAGAAAGGCAGUUGAGAAGGCAGUUGCCGAGAAGAUCGCACAACUCAUUGCCGAGAAUGACUACAAGUUGAUGAGCAAGUUCCAGACUGCCAAGUACCAAGCUUCUAUCAAGGCACAACAAUUGCAAUCCAAGGUUACCAACAUGAAGAAUAACCUCAAGAACAAGAAGAUGGUUGCUCCAAAGCAAACUAAAUUGAUGGAAUCUUCAUUCAUCAAGAACCUCACUGGUUUCGGUGAACAAUCAUCAUCUGGAGCUGCCUCUUCAUCUGGAGCCACUGCUUCAUCGUUGGCUGGUGCCAGAGGUUCAAGAAUUCUUGAACAAACUACCACCACCACAACAACAACCUCCUCUGCUCCAUUGGUCUCGGGUAACAUUCCAGGUCAAACCAUCACCUCGACAGCUCCAGUCGUAACCACCAGCAAUGUUGCACCAAUCCAACCAACAGUCACACAAUCGUAUGUCUCGCAGCCACAACAACCAAUGACCUAUGUCUCGCAACAACAGUAUGAGACCAUCAGUCAGGGUACCACUCUCGGACAGCCAUUGACUCAAUCAAUUGGCUCCAACAUCCCACAACAAGCUACUGAUGUGAUUCAAACAUACUCUACCAGCUCCCAACCUGCACCAUCACAGGCCAUCAAGACAUUCAGUCAAACCGUCGAGGGUAAGAUGGUUGAAGAUCCAAGCAUCACACCAAACUAUGUAGGACCAAGUUCAAACUAA